UGAACAGUACGCGCCUCGUGCCUCGUGCAUGCUGUGUUGUUCCUUCUUUCACGUUGCCUUUGUUCUUUCUUUUGUCUUUUGUCGUUGUUUCUUUUUUUCGUUUUUCCUCGCAUCUCCAGUUCGCAUGCAAUUUUCCUUUAUCGAUCUGUACAGUUUCUCUAAUUAUGCAACAUCGAUAUAUCCUUGGAUAUCGAUCGAUCUUGCAUAUUGUUUCCAAAGUCGAGUAGGAUGUAAACAAAAGAGCCGACGACACCGAGCAACGCCCUUGCUUCGUUCGGGAGUAAUCGAAUGGGGAUGAAACGUGUGAAACCGAUAAUUAAAAAAAAAAAGAAAAGAAACGAUAUCGCGUAAACAUGAAAACCUCAACUUUCGUUCGUUGGAUUUUUCCAUUCCAAUUAAUGUUAAUCGUUUCCAUCGUUUAUACGGAAAAUCGUCAUAUCAAUAAUUCCGAGAUCAAUGGAGAUUUGGAAAAUACGUAUCGAAAGAAAAUUCUGAGCCUGGUUCAACCGUCUUGGAUGAUUAACGAAUUGAUUAGAAAGAAACGUAACGAACGAUUGGUCGAAGAGUUGGUUCCUACGAGACACGCGAAACAUCGGAAGCGACGUCGUUACAAAAAUCGAUCGACAUGUGUUGAAAACACAUCUGGGAGCAAACUGUCCCAGGACAACAACACGACACCGAUAGAUAUUCAUGUUUCUAAAGAGGUAAAGAAAAAUCGUGACGAAAACAAUACGGUUCUGGAGAUCGAAGACGAAUUGGAUGAUGUAACAGGAGUGAACGAUCGUGUACAGGAGGUGUACAAUAAAACUAAAGAAGAGGAUUACAAUACCGAUGUGGAGAAGGAUAGAAUUAAAUCAAAGAAAGAAAGUUUCGUUGUUAUAGAACGAAACAGCUCUACGAGGUCUAAUUUAUCGGACGAGGAAUUGAUGGGUUCGUACGAUGAGCUAUCUACGACUGAUGAAAUUGAGUAUGAAAAUGUAGACCAAUCUUGGAAAAGAAGAGAUCGAUCGAAGAAAGAUAAAUUUACCGAGAGUACUGAUUACUCGGACGAAAUAUAUUCCCCGGCCAUUUACUCGAGUGCCGACGAUCAUAUUAGAAUGCACGAGAGUUUAAGCGACCUCCUGGUCAAAUUGUUUCAAAGUCUGCGAAACGCUACAACGACGGACGAACGGAAUAUUUUCAAAGAGUUAAACUUUGUGAAUGGAACAAAUGAAGACCCUUGUCAAAAAUGGUUGAACAGCAGGGAUAAGCUCGAGCAAGUUUUCUUAGAUGGUUUAACGUCACUACCUGCUUGUCCAUGUCAAUAUCCUAGUAAUAUUUUCUACGAUGAUAAAAUUUGGGACGAGAAGCGGAUGAAAUAUUUCAGAUGGAGGGAUGUAAGCGGCGAAUCUCAAAGGCUUGACGUUUACAAGCCAGGGGCCACUUACUGUAUACGAUCGUUGCUGACACAGGGAAGUGGAAGUGCUGCGGUUCAACAUUGCUGCUACGAUCGGCAAAGGAAGCUUUUGACCCGUGGUUCCGGUGCCGGUACACCAAACUUUGUCAGUCCUGAGAUAUCACCCAUACUUCAUGAAAGAAUCGAUAUAUUACCGUGGAGACUCUGCAAGGGUGACUUUUCCAGGUAUAACGGUGUACGACCACCAAACAAUGAGAACGCCUGUCAGGCAAAUCCCGAUGAUGAGGAAUAUCAACGACAGAUUGACAACACCAAGUAUUAUUAACUAUCAUGUUUUUAGUUACAAAGAUUUAUAAUAUAGGAUAAUUAAAAAAUUCAUAACGAUUAUUUUUGUUACUUUUGAGUGCAUAAAUAUUUGUACGAUGAAAUUUAAGAAAUAAACGUAACGCCGUUACAAUUUUA